AUGAAACGUUACGUAUCGAAUCUACCUCAAUUAAAUCUAAUACCUCGAUUACCAAAAAACCCUCAAAAUUUUUCAAUUAUUUCAAUUGGUGCUGGUGCAAUUGUUACUUUAGGACAUCUUCCAGCUUAUGAAUUAGCUGGAUUUUCUGUUCAAGGUAUUUAUGAUAUUGAUCGACAUAAAGCAUUAGAUGUAGCAAACAAAUGGAAUAUUCCAAAUGUAUAUGAUACAAUAAAUGAAGCAUGUACAGAAUCAAUAAAUAAAAAUGUUAUAUUUGAUAUAGCUGUUCCAUCGAAACAAAUCAUAUCUAUUCUUAAACAACUUCCAAUAAAUUCUCAUGUACUCAUUCAAAAACCAAUGGGUGAAAAUCUUAUCGAUGCUCAAGCAAUUGUUAAUAUAUGCAAAGAACGUCAUAUUCAUGGUUCUGUUAAUUUCCAACUUCGUUAUGCUCCGUAUAUUCUUGCUCUUAAAGAUGCUAUAAAUCGUGGUUGGUUAGGUGAUAGAUUAACUACGAUUGAAAUACAUGUUAAUGUUCAUACAGCAUGGUCAUCAUGGCCAUUUUUAGCUACAGCACCACGUCUUGAACUUAUUUAUCAUUCUAUACAUUAUGUUGAUUUAAUACGUGACCUAUUAGCACCGAAUGAACCUAGUUCAUUACAUUGUCGAACGAGUCAACAUGCAGUAAUGCCACAUUUAACACCAGUACGAUCAUCUUAUUCAUUCGAAUAUAAACAUGAUCCAAUGUUAUUUGUUAAUAUAUAUACAAAUCAUCAUCAUCGAUGGAAUAAAAAUCAUGCUCAAUCAUAUUUACUUAUUGAAGGAACUGGUGGUGCAGCUAAAGCACAAAUUGGUGAUAAUCUUGCUUAUGGAGAAAAUACAGCAGGAAAACAAAUAGAUUAUUUACAAAUUUGUUCGGAUAAAAUAACGAAUGGUGAAUGGAUUGAUAUUGAUUUACAAGGUCGAAAUCGUUUUCCUCAUGCAUUCAUUGGACCAAUGGCCGCAGCUAUGUGUCGUUAUGAGAAUGAAGAUGAUCGACCUUCAACUGAUAUUGAAGAUGCACUUAAAACAAUGACAAUACUUGAAGCAGCAUGGGAAAGUUCAACAAAUAAUAUGACUCCAAUUUCAUAUAAAUAA